AUGGCAGCUCACACAUUCCGCAAGGCACUCUUUUUGUUCUUCUGGCUCUGUCGCUGCCACGCGGAGCAGAGCAUGCAGAGCGUGCAGAGCGUGCAGAGCGUGCAGAGCGUGAUGCGGAGAGCGGGAACCGAGGCAUCGAGGCGCAAGUCGAAGCCGCUCAUGCGCUCACACAGGGAGCCGGGGCCGGAGGAGCCGGAGGAGCCGGAGGGGGAUGUGAAGUUGGAAAGCGUCCCUCCUGUCCGGAAGCCGCUCUUCGAGUCCUUGGCAGAGUCCGAUGAUCUGAGCGAUUUGUCCGGGUGUGGCUUGGCUCCCUGGAGCUCUUGGAGUCUUUGCCGCUGCGGUGGUGGCGGACCUCCGGGUCGGCGCCUUCGAACUCGGGAUGCUUUGGGACUUUCCGAGGAGCAGCUUCCGGGAAAUGGAGGCGGAGGUCGGAUCCGCUUCUCGGGGGAGCUGCUCGUGACGCUCCCGGGACGCUACACCUUCCAAGCCGCGGGCCCGGGGUCGCUGAGCGCCCUGCAAGUCGGGGCGGCCUUGCGGGUGAAGGCGAACGCCACGCACACAUCGAUGCGGACCUCCAGUUCCGAGUGGGCCCGCUGGCUUGCAAAGGGCGCUCAUUCCCUCAUGAUCGAGGCCGAGGCACCAGAAACUGGCAUUCUGCACAUUCCCUUGCGGUACCGGGGUCCAGACACGCAAGACGAGCGCAUCCUUUUGCCGACAUCGGUACUGAGGCAUGGAGUUGCAAAGGACUGUCAGGCCCGUGCCGUCGAAACUGGUCGCUGCCCCGCUUGUGCGGUGGAUUGCGCCUGGAGCGACUGGGCAGAUUGGUCCAAGUGCGUUGCUUCCACCGCUCCGUGUGGGAAAGGCCAGGAGACCCGAACCCGCUCCGUGCAACGCAGGGCCGCCACAGGAGAGGGCUCCGCCUCGCUGCUCGAAGGCGGCAGGGCCUGUGAGGGCCAAGGAUCGGAGCAGCGAAGCUGCCACGUAAACUGUGGCCGCACCUUCUGGUGA